AUCUGUCAGCAUAUAUAAGGAAGUGCGGCUCCUCUAGAGCACCAGAGACUUCGCAACUACCUGUGAGAAAGUCUGUGGAUUCCUCGAAGAUGAAACUCUUUGUGGUGUUAGUGUGCGUGCUGGCAGGCUGCCUGGCAGAGAAACCUCGCCCGUGCACAAGCCCUCCCCUUCUGACUGGAGCCCUCAUUCUUUCCACACAGAAUGAAAAGCUUUGGCUGUAUGCCAAAUACUUCUACGAUGCAUUGGGACAAAAGGUCCGGCUCACGGAGCAGGGGAACUACCAGAAAAAGCCGUUCACCUAUGACGCCCUGCUGCUCUUCAGAGAGGCUGCCAUGUAUGAGAUUGACGACAAAGCUCGUACAUGCAAGAAAAAGCCUCUGAGGGCAGACUUCCAUCCUAUGGAAAUCCCAAUUAAUUCAUCUCUGGUGGGCCAAGCCGUUUUGGGCAGCUCAUCUGGAGUCGGUCAAGGACUCCUGGUCAACACCUGGACUGGAAAUCUUUCUGGAAGUACAGAAAAUUACGUGACCACCUUCACUGAAAUCGGAUGCAUUCCAGUCAACACUAAGUACCAGACACAAGAGUAUGGAUGGGUGUUGACAGACUUCUUCAACAACGUCAUUGGGAUUUCUGACCCCGGUCAGCUCAACCCCCCCGACUACUGCCCAACAGAGAUGACGGCAAAUGGAGAGCAGUCUGAAGAUUUCACCAGCUUCUUCUUUAAGCUGCAGUGAAGGCUUUGGCAGGUUUUUACCUUACACAGUGCAGUGAGAUCACCAAUGUUGUGAAAUGCCAUUAUAUAAAUAAAACUGAAUGGCAUGUAAUUGCAUAUAAUAUGCCGUCUCCUCCUUAUUCCUGUUUGAAACAUGGAGGGCAAGUUUGACCUCAUUGUUCUUUCUGUGUAUCUCUAACCGGGAUGAAUUUUGCUUUCUUUCUGGCAUACAGAAAAUGAUGAAGAGGUUUUAA